UUCCUAGGAUUAGGAACUAGCCGCUACACUGGAAACACAUUUCGUCGCGGGUUUAUGGCGUAUGUGUACGAGCGACGCCUUUUCUCUAUUUUUUUCUCCAAGGGUGUAGAAGGAGAGAGGAGCCUUGUGCUGGUUCCCUAAAGAGAUCGUCACUCCCUCGUGGAUAAGGAAGUAGCAGCAUGGUUGUUGUGGGGAAGACGAGCGCCUUUGCGGCAGGUGUUUGCGGGGCAUUGUUCCUCGGGUAUUGCAUUUACUUCGACAGAAAAAGGAGGAAUGACCCCAACUUCAAGAACAGGCUGCGAGAAAAAAGAAGAAAACAAAAGAUUGCCAAAGAGAGAGCAGGACAGUCAAGGUUACCAGAUCUUAAAGAUGCAGAGGCUGUCCAAAAAUUUUUCCUUGAAGAAAUUCAGCUUGGAGAGGAGUUGUUGGCUCAAGGUGAUUUUGAAAAGGGUGUUGAUCACUUAACAAAUGCAAUUGCCAUUUGUGGUCAGCCUCAGCAGUUGCUACAGGUUUUGCAGCAGACCUUACCCCCGCCUGUUUUCCAGAUGCUACUGACUAAGCUACCAACCAUCAGCCAAAGAAUUGGAAAUGCUCAGAAUUUGGCUGAAGAUGAUGUGGAGUAGGAUUUGAUAUACCGUACAAGAUGUGCAGAAAAAAAUCCCACUUCCCCACAGUAGUAAACAAUACAAAUAAUGUUGACAGUAUAAAUAUGUUAAUGCAAAGAAAGAACAGAGAGGGUUAUACUUUUGGUUUUGGCUAAAAUAGUAGGAUUUUAGUUACUGUGUUUUUGGAAAGUGUGUGUAUUUGAUAACAUUUUUGUUUUGUUAACAUACUAGUAUAUCUGUAAAUGUUAUGUUUUCCUAUAAAAUAACUGGUAAAGAUGUACAUAUCAUCACAUUCUCCUUUGGUUUUUGAAAAAGUGACAAUAAAAAUAAUCCUUUUA